GUACAAGCACACAGCAUCCACAAACUUGGAACAGGGCUCUGGAGACGUCUCGCUAUAUCCUCGGGGAUUCGUUCCACGUUCGAUCCCAGGCUGGUCCUCCUCUAGAAUGAUGAACCAGUGCCCUGUUGGUCAGAGCCGGCGAUUCGACUGGCGCCGUCCAAACUGGCCUCGGCUGCCGGAUGGGAUGAUGUUCUCCGCAUGCAUUUAGCUCCAGCAACUGCCCUGGACAUUGAACUUGCGACUACUACUUGGAAAAUUAAUUUAGUACGUUCACUUUACAUUGUUCAGGACAUUAAAACCCAUCUUAUCAUUAUUGCAAUCGAUUUGACGCGGCAGCAAUCAUGUCUGCUCCACCACCUCUUGCUGGUCUACGAGUUCUCGAGCUCGCAGGUUUAGCUCCAGGACCUUUUGCUGGUAUGGCUCUUGCAGACUACGGCGCCUCAGUCAUACGAAUCGAUCGCGCAACGAAGUUCUCUCAUGGGCCAGAACUCGAGACUCCAACCGGCGAUACUCUCACAAGGCACAAGACCUCAAUCGCAGUGGACAUGAAGUCCCAGGGCGGCAUUGAUUUGAUCAAGUCGCUUCUUCCGCACGUUGAUGUAGUCAUAGACCCCUUCCGGCCAGGCGUGCUCGAGAAACUCGGUCUGGGUCCCAAGGAAGUCAUGCUUCAGAUCAACCCUCGGAUCAUCGUGGCCAGAAUGACUGGUUUCAGAAGAGACGGAAAGUACAAGGACAUGGCUGGACAUGACAUCAAUUAUAUCGCUGUAUCCGGUGUUCUGAGCUUGUUUGGUCGUGCACAUGAAAAGCCGUAUCCGCCAGGAAAUGUUGUUGGCGACUUCGCUGGUGGUGGAGCUAUGUGUUUCCUCGGCAUUCUUCUUGCAUUGAUCAACAGGGAACGCACAGGGCGUGGGCAGGUUGUCGAAGCCAACAUGGUUGACGGAAGCACAUAUCUUGCAACCAUGCCAAGGAUGGGUUUGAAGAGACCCAUCUGGAGUGGACCACGAGGGACAAACACCCUCGAUGGAGGCUGCCCGUACUAUGAUACAUAUGAAACAAAGGACGGCAAGUAUAUGGCUGUUGGCGCCCUUGAGCCGCAGUUCUUCGCUGAGCUUAUUAAGGGCCUCGGCUUCCAGAAAUCAGAUAUUCCAAUGAGAGAAAACCCUAAGAACUGGCCCAAGCUAAGGGAAAUGUUCACCGCGGCGUUCAAGUCAAAGACGCGCAAGGAAUGGGAAGAUAUCUUCGACGGUACUGACGCGUGCUGCACCCCGGUCUUGGGUCAACUGGAGCUUGAGGCUGCAGGCUUUGACCAAAGGCCGCCGGUAACGCUCUCUGAUAGUCCAGGUCUUGCGAUCGAUGACAGAGCGGCUUCGCAGAAGGACCCGGCCAUUAAAGCAGCUAUGGGCCAAGGCCCUGGAGUACCGGGCAAAGGCUGGGAAGACGACGGUAUUGCCCCUGGACAGGGUGGCGAAGAAAGACUUGGUCAAUGGCUAGGCUGGAGGCGAGGAAAGGAGUACGAUGUUGUAAAGGGCGGUCUCGUCAAGAAAGACGUGAGCAAAUUGUAGAUCAUGGCUCAGGAAAUAAAUGAAAUAACGCUAGUUAAUGGCAAAAAAAUGCUCGUUGUAAUUUCUAA